AUGAGAAGUUUUCCUCCUCAUCAUGAGGUAAGGUUUGCUCAACAUCUUGUUCAACUUUGUGGAGCGAUACUAUUCAAUUUAGAUGGAUGUUUAAAGCACUGGCAAAAGAUUUGUGAUGCUCCUCGAGAAUAUAAUACCAAGGAGGUAUCGUCUGCAAAAGGAUUUUUAAAGUUGUGGCAACCAACAGGAGUGCAAGCAUGGCUAACUGCCGUUAUGGUGGACACAUGCUGUAUCUUCAGAUAUAUUGAAAAAGAAGCCCAGAAGCCUGGCAUUAUCAUUCCGGAUAUCUUGAAGUACAGAGAUACUGCCUUGCAAAAACUUGAUAUAAUGCAAACAGAGCCAUAUCCAGGUAAAAUAUAUAUAGUUAGUAAGUUACUUUGUUUAUAGAAAACAAAUUGAACUCACUCUUAUUUGAGUUCUUUAAUUAACAAAGGUGUAUUAUUCAUUACAUUGUAUGUUAUUUUACUGCACAUAGGUGGGCAGGAGGAGUUAUUAACAAAGAAGAUUGCAGAACUGCAUCCAGAGAAUGAUGAAGCAGUGGAUAAUACACCAAGAAGGACACACAACACCAAUGUGACAACGUUUCGUAGAGGAAAACAACCUAUCAGGCAAGAGGUUAUUGAUUCUUCAAGGAAUUUUCUCCAGGUAAAAUGAGAUAAAUAGUUAAUCUCAUAUCUGUUUAGCAAUCAGGUCACACCAUAUAAAGUUUUUAAUUACUAUUACCUAUAUUUUUUAUGUAUAUCAUUAUCAUGUUUAGACCAGGCUCAACGAGGAACAAACAGAAAUUGUAACAACCAUUAUCAACUUGACCUCAGCAAAACGUGCAAUUGAAUUCAUCAACAUUGCAUUACCUCAACUUGAAUCAAGUGGAAUCAGUGAUAAACAAGCAUUUAUUGAUGCAGUUUUAGAAAAUUUUACGGAAAUGCUUCCAGAUACACAUAUUCCUGCAAGAGACUAUGGUGUGAGACUCUACCAAAUGCUAAGGGGCAGCAAACAACCUGUGACCAAGUUUUUGUCAGGUUUUUGUGUUUUCUGCCCUCACAGUAUGACGGUGGAAAGAUGUGUGUCAACGUACAACAUGUUAUUCUCCAACCUGAGAAUGGCCACAUCUGAAAAAACACUGAAUGAUAGGCUAUUGAUUCACUGGAAUGGAGUGCCAACAUCUCAGUUUGACCCCAGUCCGAUGGUGCAAGAAUUUCUACAGAAAAAACAGAGGCGAAUGAAUCUUCCUAAUCUGAGUUCAUAUGCGGAACGUGACUUCGUAAAGAAGUUUUUUACAUCGGACUGCUGA